AUGUUCGAAAACAGGGGCCCCUGGCAGCGGCUGCUGCAGCAGCUGCACAGGUACUCUGUGCCGCUGCUGGCUAGUGGGGAGCAGCAGCUGCUGCAGGUGUUUGCUGCUGUUGCUGCAGCAGCAGCAGCCACUUCGUGCCCCCCGCCGUCCGCUUAUGAACUUGCUGCUGUGCUGCUGCAGCACCUUGCAGCAGCAAGUUCUGCUGCAGCAUUUACCCCCGGAGGGCGGCUGCUGCUGCUGCUGCAGCUGCAGCAGCUAACCCACCUCAGCAGCGAAAGCAGCACUUUCGCUCUGCUGCAGCAGCAAGCCCUGCUGCCCAUAGUGCCGCAGUGCCUGCAGGCGCUGCAGGCUGCUGCUGCUGCUGCUGCUGCUGCUGCUGCUGCAGAUGGCGCUGUGGCAGGCACUGCUGCAGCACGAAGCAGCAGAGCUGAUGCAGCAGCAGCAGCAGCAGCAGCAGCAGCAGACGAUGCUGCAGCAGCUUCUUUGUCAGCAGUUGUGGCUAGCCAGCCAUUUGCUGUUAUUGAAUUGCUAACAAAUGCUGGGGGGCCCCCCCUUGCAGAAGACAGGGGGGCCCCCCUGGAGGGUCUUGUUGCUGCUGCUGCUGCGCUGCUGCAGCUGCAGCAGGGAGAAGCCGAAGUGCAUGCAGUGUUUGCCUGCAGCAAGCUGCUGCUGCUGCUGCAGCACGCGCGAGAAGCAGCCGGGCCAGCCCAGAGCAGCAGCAGCAGCAGCAGCAGCAGCGGCAGCAGCAACGCUAACAACGGCAGCAGCAGCAGCAGCAGCAGCGGCUACUCCUGCACAGAGUGCAGCAGCUACAUAACCAGCAGCAGCAGCAGCAGCGGCGCCCAAAGCAGCAGCAACGAUAGCAGCAGAAGCAGCUACAGCAGCAGCAGCAGCAGCACCGUCAGCGACAGCUGUGCCAGCAGCAGCAGCAGCAGCAGCAGCAGCAGCAGCAGCAGCAGCAGUGUCUCUUUUCUCAUUGAAAGAUGCCUGCGCUGUUUGCUGCGGGCCCCGCUGCAUGCGUUUGGCGCUGCUGCAGCAGAAGUGGCAUUUGGGGCUUUGGAGUUUUUGGAGAAGUCAAUUAAAAAAGAAAAAGCAAAAAUAAAAGCAGCAGCAGCAGCAGAAGCAGCAGCAGCAGCAGCAGCAGCAGCAGCAGCAUAUGUAGGCCCGCAUUUGGAGAGACACGAGCUGCUGCAGCAGCUGCUUGCUGCUGCUAAGCAGCAUGCGCAGCAGCAAGCAGCAAAGAGAGCAGCAGAGCUGCAGCCGAAGGAACUCAUACAUGUUGUUGCUGCUGCCCUGCGGACUGGCAGUGCUGGCAGCUACUGGAUGCCGGCGGUGAUGCGGCGCUGCUGCAGUUUGCGAGAAUUGUUCUCUAAAGACCAACGCGCCUUGCUGCAGGUGGCCGCCGGGGUGAUGAGCAGCAGAAUGGCAGCAGUGGCGGCCCAUCCUGCUGCUGCAGCAGCAGGAGCUGCAGCAGCAGCAGCAGCAGCAGGAGCUGCUGCUGCGCCUGCAGCAAAGAAGGAAGGAGGAAGAGGGUCUGGCAGCGAGCUGCUGCAGCGGAGAGAAAGAAGGGCCCAGGAGCUGCAGCAGCUGCAGCAGCUGCAGGAGCUGCAGCAGCUGCAGCAGCUGCAGCAGCUGCUGCAGUCCAUUUUGCUGCUGCGGCUCUUCGAGCUGCCAAAAGCCAAGUGCGAAGUCAGCAGCAGCAGAAGAGAAGCUGCAGGGAAGGGGAAGCAGCAGCAGGAUCUGCAAGGGGGCGGCGUGGACUGA